AUGGGCAUUGCUCAUACUCAUCAUGCCCUCACAUUCCUCUUCUUCCCCUGCGUUCUCUUGAUAAUCAUCGUGCCAACCACCGGCGGGACCGUCUCCGACGGGGAGGCGCUGCUGAAGCUCAAGAAAUCGUUCAACAAUGCGGCGGCUCUCGAUUCCUGGCGCGCCGGCACGGAUCCCUGCGACAAGAGGCAUCUGUGGAUCGGCGUGAUUUGCGUAAACGACGUCGUUACAGGACUUCGUCUCGGCGGUAUGGGGUUAUCGGGGAAGAUUGACGUGGACGCUUUGUCGCAAAUCCACGGGCUCAGAACUCUGACUCUUAUGCACAAUUCCUUCGCCGGAUCUAUACCGGAGUUCAACCAUAUCGGCGCGCUCAAGGCUCUGUAUAUCUCGAAGAACAAAUUCUCCGGCGAGAUUCCGCCGGAUUAUUUCGCGAAGAUGAGGUCUAUGAAGAAAAUUUGGUUCUCGGACAAUAAUUUCACCGGCGCGAUUCCUUCUUCCCUCGCUAGGUUACCGCGAAUUAUGGAACUCCACCUCGAAAACAAUCAUUUCUCCGGGAAAAUACCGGAAUUCAAACAGAAAACCUUGCACGCAAUCGAGCUGGCAAAUAACAACCUCCAAGGGGAAAUCCCUGCCAGCCUGGCACGAUUCAACGAUUCGUCCUUCCACGGAAAUCCCGGUCUUUGCGGCGCAAAAAUCGGAAAACCCUGUAACGGCCAACACUCACAUUCUUCUUCUCCCAGUUCUAGCCACGGCCACGGCAACAGCCCCGGCACCAGCAUAACCUCCGAUAGUAACUCCAGAAAAAUCUCACUCGCGAUCAUGGGAUUCUGCGUUUUUCUACUCGGCCUCAUGGUCGUCGGAAUAGUCAUCCUGAAGCGCCGGCAGGAGAGGAACGGAGUUCAAGAGCGGGACUCUUACGACGACCCGUCGUCGAUCGGGUUCCGGCUGCGAAGCCGGAUGAGCGCCGGCGAGCUAAGUGGCCGGAGACUCAACUCGUUUCGGAGAGCAUCGGGGAGCAUGAAGAGAGCAGGGAGUAAUAACGGAAUGGGGGAUUUGAUAAUGGUGAAUGAGGAGAAAGGGGAGUUUGGGCUGCAGGAUUUGAUGAAGGCGGCGGCGGAGGUGAUCGGGAAUGGGACGCUGAGUUCUUCUUAUAAGGCCACCAUGACGAAUGGCACGGCCGUGGUGGUGAAGAGAAUUAAAGAGAUGAACAAAGUCGGAAAAGAUGGGUUCGAUGUUGAACUCCGGCGUCUCGGAGGGUUACGGCACCGGAAUAUCUUGCCCCCCUUGGGUUAUCACUUCCGGCAAGAUGAAAAGCUUUUGGUCUAUGAAUAUAUGCCCAAAGGCAGCUUACUCUACGCACUACACGGUGAUCGUGGAAUUUGGCACUCGGAGUUAAGCUGGGCAGUUAGGUUAAAGAUCAUACGGGGAGUUGCGCGAGGAUUAGGUUAUCUCCACAACGAACUAACUUCAUACCAGGCACCACAUGGGGAUCUCCAAUCUAACAACAUUCUGUUGACGGAAGACUACGAGGCGGUGAUCUCCGAUUACGGCUACGUUUCGCUCAUAAACACCGCACAGGCGCCGCAAGCACUCUUGGCGUUCCGGUCACCGGAGGGGCUGCAAUACAACAAGGUGACCCCCAAAUCGGACGUGUAUUGCCUCGGAAUAGUCAUCCUGGAAGUCGUCACCGGCAAAUUUCCGUCGCAGUAUUUGAACAACGGGAACGGCGGAACCGACGUGGUUCAGUGGGUGAAAACGUCGAUAGGGGAGGGGAGAGAACCGGAGGUGUUCGAUCCGGAGAUUGCGGGGUCGGAAUCCACCUCUGAUCAGAUGCGGCAGCUCCUGCACAUCGGCGUCGCCUGUGCGGACAGUAAUCCGGAGCAUCGGAUAGCCCUUAGGGAAGUGAUUAGGCGGAUAGAGGAAAUUCCGACGAGCAGCGGCGAAGGAGCACCGGAGACGAGAACGACGGAGUCGAUGCCGUCGCUGCGAGAUGGAUACGCGGAUCAAAUUGAACAAGGUCGAGGCGUCGCCGUCGUCCGCGACGGCGCUGAAGUAAGGUAGUCGAUCGGAAACCGUAGCGUUAAUUAUUAGCUUUAAUUUGCUUUAAUUAGAUGAUUCUUAGUUUAAGCUGAAACGUAAGUGAUUAAACAAACGGCCAUUACUUGAGCUGAGCAAUUAAGCUAGGGAAUCCUUAGUACAGUAUAAUUAAUUAGUAUAUCUUCAACGUAACAUCAUCUACACCUCCAUUUUCAAGCUCAUCUUCCUUACUCUGUAAUUCUUAGCUUUAAUUGGGGAUCAUAUGGCUGGAAAGAGGCAAAUGUAGUAUUGCAUGUUUAGAAUAUAGGAUAUUAUUAUAAAAUUGUAUUGUAUUAUAUUAAACAGUAUAGAUACAAUUCAAUCAUAAAUUUGUGUUUA